GGGUUUGGCUUUCCUUUGGAGCAUUUUCAGCGUGGCCUCACGUGCAGGCGUGGGAUGUUCAGAUCGGAUGGCAGGAACCGGUGCUUACUGGGAAGCAAGCCUAAAACCCCGGGUAAUGGGACUUCUGGGGCCUCGCUCCACUACUCUCGAAACGUGCAAAACGAGAGUGAUAGCCUUCCGCUAGAGGAUGGAGAGGUACACGGCCAUGAUUUUUGUCCUGCGUGCAUGUCGAGAGUUGAGCGAGGCCGAGGUUUCUGUCACGCGUGACAGGGAAGACGUGGCCGAUUUCUCUGUCACGCCUGGAUGGACACCGAAUCAGACAAGGUAUCGGAAUCGGACGGAAGGACAGCUGGCGAGCGGCAGUCCAACGACCGCCACGUGGCAAUGAGUCAUCAGGGAGGGAAGCGGACAAGGGAGUGAGAAUUCGAUUAGCUUCUCAAAAAAAAAAAAAAAAAAAAAGAAUUCGAUCAGCUUCGGCGCGGUGGGGCGGGGAAGCCAGCGUGAGUUCGAAAAAGAAAAAGAAAAAGAAAAAGAAAAAGAAAAAGAAAAAGAAGCCAGGGGGAGCAACGGGCAGAUCCUGUGUUCUCUUUGUUCUGUUGUGGAGCAACGGUAGCGAGUUCUGGGGCUGCUGCAGGUGUCCACGUUCUCUGGUCUGAAAGAUUGCCGUCGAUGGGCCAAGCAGCUAGGUAGCAAGUCGCUUGCCUGAGGCGAGGAGAGGCGAGGGGAAGGGAGAGGAGGGGAGGUUAGGUAGGGUAGGGGAGGGAGGGGAGGUUAGGUAGGGCAGGGGAACGGUCUUGAGGAGUUCUGGAGCAGCAGGGCUUGAAGAUCCUCUGCCCGCCACGUGUGGGCGGGUAGACGGCUGCCAACCGAUCUCAAGGGGGGGAGGGAGAGAGAGAGAAUGCAGUCGUACGUGGCAAACUCGCAGCCGCACGCUGCGUCUUCUCUUUGCUGCCAAUCAUCGUUUCCUCAUGUUUUGUCGUAUUGCCGGCCAUCCCGCCCAGAGGACGGAAUUGGCGGCGGCGGCAGCGGCAGCGGCAGCGGCAGCGUGCGUCUCGUGAACCAGCUGACGUGGCAGUCGGGGCUGGGCGUCGUUGAGGGUCCAGGUUGUCUUCGGCGGGAGCACAAGAACGGCGGCGGCGGCGGCUGCGAUCUAUGGAUCGGAAGCAGGAUCGGAAUCGGGAUCGGGAUCGUUGACGGUGUUGUUGGCGGGAAUGGCGAUGAGAGAAGGGGGGGGGGGGGGGGGGGAGAUGGUGCAUCGCUGGCGCGCCAAGGGCGGAGAGGGUUGUUCAGGGCUCGGCGCGCCGCUGGCGGGGGCAGAUUGCUCCGCGCGCAGCGGCAGAGCGUGUCAGUCUGCCAGCUAGCACAGGAUAUCGAAGUGGAGAAUGCCGGGAGGAGGCGGCACGGUGGGAUCGGGGCGGCGGAAGAUGCGCAGCAGCAGCAGGGGGAAGGCAGGCGGCGCGCCGGAACCGGGCGGCCCCAGCGCUCGUCGGUGGAAAGGGGAGAGAGCAGAGGCGGCAGCAAGGGGGGAGAGAGAGAAAGGGAGGGGAGGGGGAUGUACAAACAGAUCUGGAGACCCGACAGAGGCCGUGAAAAUAAAGGCGGAAGGGAGGGGGGAAGGGAGGGGGGAAGGGAGGGAGGAAGGGAGAGGGAGGACCAUCAUCGUCUUAGACCUCGAGAGGGAGAGGGCGAUCGACAGAACUCUUUCGUACUGAGGCUGGUUGCAGAGCUUAGGAGUUGGAGAAUGAGAGAGGAGGUAGGUGGUUCCUUGAUGAGCAGCGGGGACGGUGACGUGGCGGCAAGGGAUGACGUGGCACUGUCGGGAUCGGGGACGGAGUCGACGGCAGCGGCCGCGACGGGGAUGAAGCGAGGGGAUUAUGAGCAGAUGAUGACGACGGGAUCCCGACCAACCACGGAUGCGGCGAGGGACCAAUCAACGCCAACGAAAGGCUAUGCGAGAGACGAGGAGGGUGAUGAUGAUGAUGAUGAGGAGGAGGAGAAAUAUGGAGAUAAUGGGAGGAAGGGAAGGUUAUCAGCAGGUCGGGGGAAUAGCCACGUGGUCAGACAGGACUUGAAGAAACUUGUCAGAGAAAAUCUUCGGCCAAUUUUUGGUGAUCUGCAUCGGCACAAGGAUUGGCAGACGGCGUAUUUUUCUGAAGGGGACUUCAUCACGGGUUCCUUCGUUGUGUAUGGAAGCGAGCACGGCUGGGCUAGCGAUGAACAGGGAAUGGACGUACAGGUGACAGCACCACACGGAUACAAUGUUUAUUCUGCCAGGAAGAAGACAGAAGAUGAGUUCCUCUUUCAUGCAUCGAAGAAAGGGAUUUACAAAUUCUGUUUUACAAAUCAUGGCCCCUAUCCCGAGAUGGUGGUUUUCAACCUCCAUGUAACCCAUCAUACGGCCAAAGAAGAUGUUGCAAAAGACGAUCGCUUCAUUCCUAUAAUAAAUCAAGUUACCUCACUCGAGGAGGCGCUGGACAGUGUGUACUCGGAGCUGAUAUACCUAAGAGGAAGGGAUAUGCGACAUAAAAAAACUGCUGAGAGUACAAACAGGAGACUGAUUGUUAAGGCGAGUGUACAGGCAGCUGCUCUGGUCGCAUCAAGUGUUCUGCAGGUGUACCUUCUCCGCAGGCUCUUUGAGAAACGGCUGAGAGUAUAUCAGAGGGUGAAGGACGAACCGUGGUUCAAAGGACAAGGACGGGUUCAUGCGAAGGUCAUCUCUCUGCUGGGCAAUGCGCGGCGCAUUGAUCAAGCCAAGGCAUUAUUUCACGAAUUCCAAGCAGGUGAUUCGCAGGGUGAAUCUUCUCCCUACACCGCCAUGAUCGCUGCGUAUGCACGGAACGGACUGCUUGAAGAGGCCGUCAAUCUUUUCCGGAGCAUGACGAUGGUGGAUGGGAUCAAGCCGACAGUGCACACUUAUGGGGCGAGUAUGUUGAAAUAAUAUUUCUCCCUCCCUCUCUGCUUUUCAUUUUCAUUCUUAGUAGUAGUUUAUUUUUUUGGUUAUAAUAGCCGUUUUGCAAUCAGACUC